AUGGCCGUCGUUACCGACCCCAAGCCCACCUUCGCGCCCGUCUCCUUCCCGCCGACGAUCGACCCCGCGCUCUCGCUCGAACUUCGUCUGCGCUGGCUCGAGGCGCUGCUCUUCGGCGUGCACGACCGGAAGGGCAAGGCGCCCGAGCUCCGGCGCGGCGAGACGCUCCUGCGCAAGGCCGAGGAGCUCCAGCGGCGGCUCGACGCGCUCGUCGAGAACAACGACGGACUCAAGCGGUUCGUCACCGGCUACGAGCAGCACGCGCAAUACCUCACGCCGUCCUUCGCGCUCUCGGGCACCGUCCCCGGCGCGGCGGCGUCCGCGCCCGCGUACGAGCACAUGUCUCCGAGCGAGUUGGAAGCUUUUCUCGCCGAGAUGGAGCCUGACAUACGCGCCGCCGACCGCGACAUGGCCGAGAUCGAGUUGCUCGAGAAGAAGGGCGUCACGGGCGCCGGCAACCUCGCAGUCUACGAAACGCUUCAGCCACGGCUGCAGGCGCUCCUGAGGGCGCAAGAGGACGACCGGAAGUUGGCGGCUUCCCUCGAGGAACGAAUAGCGAACCUCAUCGACCGGCAUACAAUACACGUUGACGCCCUCUCGGAACUAUUCGUCGACUGGGACGACACGCUGGCCGAGGUCGAGGACAAGACCAGCCGGCUGGAGCGGCAACGGGAGGAGAAACAACGAUUAGGCUACGAGUGA